GCUGGGAAAGGAUGACGUCGUGGUUUAAACUUUGGUACAAUGCCCUCCAUGUUGUGUGAGAGUGGAACAGCGAGAGACGGCGUUAUAACGGGAAACAGAAACCAUGUGAGUGUGUUUGGUGGAAUUUACGCGCGCGCAAUCUGGAAAUGACUCUGUGACUCGGAAACCUUUAACAAGGUGAAGUGUUAGUUAGAGUUAGUGUCGAGUCGGAGCUCGGUUCUGUCUGAUGCACCGAUGGGAAGUCGCGCAUCCGGUGCUGCGGGUCCGAGCGCUUUAAACACCGCGUGCGCGCAACAACAGAAACACCGUGCGCGCGCGCUUUCUGCCCCCUUAUCAGUGAAAGGAUGAGGAUGAUGAUGAAAGCCAGGAUUACGAUGAUGAAGAAUAUGGUGAUGAUGGUGAAGCCCAGAGUGGGGCGCGUGCUCCUCGCCACAUGCGCCGGAUCUUUUUUUAUUCUCAUUUUAUAUUUCCAGAACAGCGCGAGAGCCGAAUACCUUUUGGGAAAAACCGGUUUCCCAGUAAAACCAUGGAGAACCCCCCUGCAGACUCUGUUUGAGGGAGAUCAGUGGGAUCAUGCUGCUGUUGGGACGAUGCUGCAGACUCGGCGCUCAUUUCUGGAUAAAGCAUGUCGCUCUUACACGCGUAAGCGUCGUGUCCUGAGCCCUGAGGAUCUGCGCCACCUGCUGGUGGACGACCGACAUAACCUGCUUUAUUGCUACGUUCCCAAGGUGGCUUGCACCAACUGGAAGCGAAUGCUGAUGGUCCUGACGGGUGACGGACACUACCGCGAUCCUCUCGCCAUCCCUGCUCACGAGGCCCAUGCUCCAGGCAAGCUUCGCUCGCUCUCUGAGUACUCCAAGGCUGAGAUUAACUACCGUCUGCGGAAGUACCGGAAGUUCAUAUUCGUGCGAGAUCCUUUCGAAAGACUCGUCUCUGCAUAUCGCAACAAAUUCACACGGAGCUACAACACCGCCUUCCACAAACGCUACGGCACAAAGAUAGUGCAGCGUCACCGCGCUAACCCUCGGCCUGAGGCGCUGGAGAAUGGCAGCGACGUCUCGUUUGAGGAGUUUGUGUACUACCUGGUGGACCCGCGGACUCAGCGCGAGGAGCCAUUUAACGAGCACUGGGAGAGGGCACAUGCACUCUGCCACCCCUGCCUCAUUCAUUAUGAUGUGGUGGGAAAAUACGAGAGCCUGGCUCAGGACUCACGCUAUGUGCUAAAGAUAGCUGGGGCAGAAGGAGAAGUGGAGUUUCCAGCUUCGUCUAAAAGCACCAGGACCACUGAGAGCAUGGCGGCCAAAUUCUUCAAAAACAUCAGCCCCUUUUACCAGAAGAAGCUCUACAAUCUGUACCGUAUGGACUUCCUGCUCUUUAACUACUCGACGCCGACCUACCUGAAAUUCAGAUGAGACGAGGGAAUUUUAAACAGAUUUGUUCUGUGGCUCUGCUGCUAGCGGCUCUCAGAGACCGUUGGAGAACUGAUUACUCCUGGCGUCCUGCACGUCUUCCCAAAAUGCCUCAGUAAUUCCUUUGGCUGUAUCCGGUGCCAGCUGAACUCCCGCAAAGUGCCUUUGUUCUCUAAGUGUUCACUAACUGGAGCAGGAAUCUUCAUUAGCGACUGAGAGACAGAUUUCCACAUUGCGUGAUCUCCUGCCCAACAAAAAAGUAUAUAUUUAUGUUUUUAUGUAUUUAUUGUAAACUUUACUGUACAUUGAACCGUAAGUCUGUACUCGGAGCUGUGAAUCCUCCUUUAUUGUUGCUGUUUUUACCUCAGCGCCCCCUAAAGGCAGAGCAGUGAUUCACAACCACAAGCAGCUUUUACCUCCUGAACCAGGAGAACCUCUGACCUGGCCUGGAUGUUCCAGGGAAACAAACAGAUCUAACUCUGAGUUCCUUUAGUGGCACUUAGCAUUUACAUUUAAUGCAGAACAAACUGAGAAUGUGGGCUGGAGCUCAUGGUGGACUGACUGGAGCUUGGACUGAUCUUUCUACCAAAAUUCAUUAAUUUAUUAAAAAUCCGUUAAACUUC